AUGAGGACCCAACUUAGCCUGAAGGCUGCCCUAGCCAUUGGCGCCUUCUGUGCUCAAUGUGCUGCUCAGACAUACCGACGCUUGGGAGGUUGCCCAACCUUGGGUUGUAUUCUGCCGCCUGAUCAGGUCGACUUCCUUCCGGGCCAGUAUUUUGACAUCCGUGUUGAAGUGCACGCGCCACUGAAUGGAAGCGAAGUAGUUCCGGGUUACAACAAACCGGAUACGAACUUCACCCUGACCAUUGAGAAGGAAGGAGAGGCUGCUAAGCCAGCUGCAGCCUUCUUCAACAUCCCCGAGCCCCAGCUGGAAACAUGGAACUUCACCUGGUACGAAGACUUGUUCGCCAAGGCAGCGAAUACCCCUUCUCAAGUCAAGGUCGCUGCAAAGGCUUACCGGCGGGUUGCACUCUAUGAGCCCGGUCAGUACGUCGCCAUGUUAGAAUAUCAGAAUGGCUCGACCACCUAUGCCAAUUGGACAGUCCGAGAUAUCGCGCCCUCCCGAAGGGCCAAGAAUGUUGUCAUGUUCAUCGGAGACGGUAUGACGACCAACAUGAUCACUGCUGGCCGCCUCAUCGCUCACCAGUCCAUUAACGGCAAGUAUCAAAGCAAGCUGGCGAUGGACUCAUUCCCAGUGCUGGGGCAUCAGAUGACGCAUUCGCUGGAUUCAUUCAUCACCGACAGUGCCAACUCUGCUUCGGCCCUCUACAGCGGCCACAAGUCUAGCGUCAAUGCCUUGGGCGUCUAUGCCGACAGCUCCAAGACCCCGUUUGAUGACCCCAAGGUGGAAACCAUCGCCGAAAUCUUCCAUCGCAUCCAUGGCGGUGGCGUCGGCAUUGUCUCUACCGCCUUCAUCGCCGACGCUACUCCUGCCGCCUUGACUGCACAUACACGUGAUAGAGGCCAAUACGGCGCGGUGGUCGAUUCCUUUCUCAAUGGCAUCACCAAUUAUACCUGGACCAACUGGACUGGGCCGGACGUCCUCUUCGGCGGUGGCGCCGAACAGUUCUAUCCUGGCAAGGGCUCCUUCCAGGGUAAAGACUACUAUGCGGAGUUUUCCAGGAAGGACUAUACGGUGGUUCUGAAUAACACCGCUCUCCAGGCAACAUCCAACUCAUCCAAGACCCUAGGUAUCUUCUCUGUGAGCAAUAUGGCAACAUGGCUGGACCGCAACGUGUACACGAACAACCUGCAGAAGCCCAAAACUGCCCCCGACGGCUCAAACUCUAGCGCGACAGAUCAGCCGGGCCUCAAGGAUAUGACGCUCAAGGCUCUUGAGAUCCUGCACACCCGCCACCAGCAGGACGGAUUCUUUCUAAUGUCGGAGGCCGCGAGCAUCGAUAAGCAGAUGCACACUCUGGACUACGACCGGUCACUGGGUGAGCUGCUUGAGUUGGACGACACCAUUAAAGCUACGCUCCACUACCUCGAGUCGAUCGGCGAGUUGAACGACACGCUUGUCCUCGUCACCGCUGACCACGGCCACGGCUUCGAUGUCAUGGGCAGCGUCGACACGCGCUAUCUCAAUGCCCAGGACACAGCGCGCGAGAAGCGUGGCGCUGUCGGCACAUACCAACAGUCUGGUCUGUCCCAGUACUUGGUUGCUAACAGCUCCGCCCCUAUCGGCAGUGAUCAAAACCUCGUCUACAGCGAGGGUGUCAACUUUCCGACAAACUGGGAUCCACGUUAUACUUUGUUCCAAGGCGCCACGGCCAACCCGGACCGCCGAGAGAACUACCAAGUUCACAAGGAUGGCCCACGUCUGCCGGCGCUGAACAUCACCGGCUUCUCGAGCACUGACUACUAUGUCAACUAUGUCGAUGCCGUUACUGGAUUCGUCAUCAAUGGAACACUGCCUGUCUCUGCCGAUCAAGGCGUGCACUCUCUCACCGAUGUGCCUGUCUUCAGCCAAGGUCCAUGCCAGGAGAACUUCGGAGGGGUUUUUGGAAACGUCGACAUCUUCUUCGGCAUGGCUGCAUGUCUUGGUCUGAGUCGUACCUGUCCGCCAUCUUGA